UUUUACCCUUACCCGCUUAUAUAUACGCGACUUUACCACCGUUACCCGUCUCUCACAUCGCUCUCCGGUCUCCCCGGCUCGCCCCCCUGCUCCCUGCCCACCAACGCCACCGCCACUGGAUCCGUCCAGCUACCGCCGUACCGGCAGCGCGUCAGCAGGAGACAGAGUGCCGGCCGCACCGCACUGCGUGCAGCAGCAGCGCGUGGCGGUGCUCGGGCUUUGUUGAUGCGCGUGGCCGCCGCCGCGGUCCAUGGCCUCCGCCGUCGCGAGUAACCUCCCCCCGCCGCCCGCCGCGCCCGCCGCCGUGCCGUACGGGUGGCUCAGCCCGCGCGUGUCCUUCAGCCGCGACGCGCAGGGCGCGGACAUGAUGGAGCCCGCCGCGGCCACGCCCGAGCCGGCCAUCUCCAAGGACUUCAUCGACUUCGAGUUCAGCCUCGGCGGGUCCGCCACCAUGCUCCCCGCGGACGAGCUGUUCGCGGACGGCAAGCUGCUGCCGCUGCGGAAGGCGGCGCCUUUGCCGGAUCCGGAGGCCGCGGCUGCGGCGGCGGCCCCGCCCCCGGCGCGGGCUGAGGCGGCAAUGCCGGCGCCCGCGGAGCCGGUCAAGCCCCUCCGCGCCGCGGCGGUCGCGGCGGCCGACGGGACCGCCGACCCCUACGUGUUCUCGCCCAAGGCGCCCAGCUGCUCCAGCCGGUGGCGCGAGCUGCUCGGGCUCAAGAGGGCCGCGGCCGCGCAGAGUCCCAGCGCGAAGCCCUCGCCCUCGCCGUCGCCAGCAGCCGCGGCGGCGAGGACCCCCGCAGCGAGGGCGGCGAACUCCGCGGCGGCGAGGUCGCUCAAGCUCAUGCUCCAGCGGAACACCGGGCGCGCGUCGGGGGCCUCGGCGUCGGACCUCGCGUCGGCGCCGCUGCUCCGCGACAGCUCCGACUCGGAGGCGUCGCUCUCCCUCGCGUCCUCCCGCUUCUCGCUCUCCUCGUCGUCGUCCUCCUCGGGCCACGACCACGACGACGUACCCCGCCUCUCCCUCGACUCCGCCGCCGCCGCCGCCGACCCGAACCCGCCCCGCAUCCGCCUGGUCCGCUCCUCCCAGCACCGCCACUCGACCUCCGGUAGCUCCACCCGCGCCGGCCGCAGCCCCGCGCGGCGCCGCCCUUCGCCGCCCCCACCCCCGCGCUGCCCCUCCGUGGACUCCCCGCGCAUGAACUCCUCCGGCAAGAUCGUGUUCCAGGGCCUGGAGCGCAGCUCCAGCUCCCCCUGCAGCUUCCACGCGGCGUCCAAGUCCCGGUCCCGCGCGGUGGACCGGUCCUACUCCUCCGGCGUCCGCGUGGCGCCCGUGGUGCUCAACGUGCCCGUGUGCUCCCGCCCCGUGUUCGGGUUCUUCAAGGACAAGAAGGACUCCGCCGCGGCCAAGGACGCCUCGGCGGCGGCGGCGGCGAGGUCCCGGUCGUCGCUGGGGCGGAAGGCGCAAGGGUGGAGCGGCGAGCUGCCGAGAUCCUCCGGCUGAUUUGACCCCGUUUGAUCGCCCUUGUCUGCCCCGUUUGCGCCAUCAUGAUGGAUGAGAGGAUGGAUGGAUGGCUCGGGCGGUUGGUGUUGGGUUUUAACUGAUUUUGUUUGUUUCUUCUUUGGAGACGAUGAGAUCGUGGUGAGGGGUCUAAUCGAUUGACUGUCUUUUCCCUUCUUCUUUUUUGCUCGACUGUAAAUUCGAGUUUUGUUCUACUGCUCUUCUGAUCGAUUUGGUUCAAUGCAAUGCAAAAAAAGUGGAAAAUUUUCUCA